GAGUCAUGAGUUCUUGGAGUAUCAAUUAUUUGGGGGAAAAACAUAAACGAAGACUACAACCAUUAGAGUUAGAGAAACCUGAAGUAGUAGUGUGAAAUUCAAACUUUCAACAUUAAUCCAUCAAUGGCUUCCUCCUCCUCGCACCAUGCAGCCUCUCUCCCUUCUAAGAAGUACCCAUACCCGGCAGCAGAGGUCAACUUGAGGGACUUUGUUCCAAUCAUCCUCUCUAAUGAAAACUACUUUGUGUGGAAAACGCUAAUGCUUCGUCUUAUUGAGAGUCAAGGCAUGGUUGGUUUCAUCAACGGUGAGGUUUCACCACCUGAAAGGAAUAUUACAAAGGAGAUCGAGAACCAGGAUUACUACGAAUGGAAAAGAUCGGACGCUCUAAUGCAAAGAUGGAUUAUAGGGACGAUCAACGAAAAUGUUCUUCGAGAUGUGGUGUGCUUGGAAACUGCUAAAGAUAUAUGGGAAAGGUUAAUUACCCUACAUGAAAGAAAAAUAGAGUACCCAUAUCCAGUAUGGGUUACCGUAGAGUAUUUUGUUCCCGUCAAGCUCUCUAGAGAAAACUACUCUUUGUGGGCGAAAUUGAUGUUUCAUUUUAUUGAGAGACAAGGCUUAGUUGGUUUCAUCAAUGGUGAAGUUUUAGCACCAGAAGAGAGUUUUAUUGACGGCACAAGCGGGGAAUACAAGGCAUGGAAAAGAACAGACGAUCUGUUGCAGAUGUGGAUUAUGAAGACAAUUAUCAAUGAAGAUGUUCGUGCAUGUGUGGUGGACUUGAAAACUGCCCACGAUGUGUGGAUAAAGUUAGAAAAAGACUUGACUCAAAUUGUGAUAAUCAUAGAAGAUGAAGGAAAUGACCGGUCAAUGCUGCAUAGAGCUACACUGAGAAGUGAUUGGGAGGCAGCCAAAGAAUGUUUGAAAAAAAACUCAGAUUUAAUAGGGGUUGACAUCACGGGACAGGGGGAUACAAUGCUCUCAUUAGCAGUGAUGUCUAAGCAGAGAAACCAUUUUGUUAAGAAUAUAUUGGAGUUAAUGUCGUCACCAUUGGAUGUGAUUGCAGUUAAUCACCAAGGUCAGACAAGUCUUCAUAUAGCAGCAGCAGCUGGCAACCUUGAGGCAGCCAAGUGGUUAGUGGAGAAGAACCAAAUUCUGCCCAAUAUUCCAGACUAUGGCGGGGAAGUACCUCUCCAGCGUGCUGCUUUAUUUGGCCACAGAAAUUUGGCUCAUUACUUACUGGCUUUCACCGAAAGAGAAUAUAUUGGAGGUGAACAUGGGGGUUGGUUUGUUCGUGUUUUGAUAGGAUGUGGUCUAUACGACAUUGCUCUACUAUUUGUCGAGUGCUAUCCUGAAUUGGCAAUGGAGAACCAGGUUGAUCUCUCCUUAUUGCAAACAAUUGCUAUGGAAAAUUCCGCAUUCCCAAGUGGAUCAAAAUUCUGUUAGGAUAUGUGUGCCGUAGCAUAGCAAAUUCUAAUUUUGGAUUGUAAAAGUCAUGGUUUCUUAUUUAGAUAUUAUUAUUAAAACAUUAUACAAUUGGUGAAUGAAAUGUAUUAUUUUUCGAUUCUUUAUGGAA